AUGGACGCCAGUGAGCACCCGCAAUUUGCGACAGCCAUGGAACCGGACCUGCCGCCACUAAUGCCAGCUCUAGACCCAGUCAGCCCGCCACUAAUGGCAGCUAUAAACCCAGUCCUCCCGGCACUAAUGCCAGCCGUGGACCCGAACCGCCCGCCACGAAUAUCACCCAUGGACCGGGGCCACCCACAACUACCGAGCGCCAUAGACCCUGAUCGCAUUCAUUGGCUGAUGGAAGCCACUAACCGUCUCCUGGUGAACCCCUACGACGAAAUGAGGCGCAGCCUUCAAUCUAUACGGGAGUGUCUGCAGGAAUCCGAAAACAUCGCCCGAGUCCUGGUGUCCUGCCUGUCUAACGUGGCACGGUUCGUCGACUUUGUAGACUACGCCAAGGACUUCGAGAAGAUGGGAGGAUUCCAGGUGGUACCGGCGCUCCUGGACUACCCGAGCGCCUCCGCUAGGGAGGCGACAUGCAGCCUCAUCGCGGAGCUGGUGCAGAACAACCCACACUGCCAGAGGGCGGCCGUCCUCAGCCUCCGCAAGCUGCUGCGACUCGUGGAACACGAGACGGACGAAGACGUAAGGCUCAAGUCCCUCUACGCCGUGUCCUGUAUGGUUCGACAAAACAGGCAGGCCUUUGAGAAGUUCCAGCAGCUGGGCGGCACGCCGGUGGUUCGGAGUAUCUUGUUCCACUGCGAGUCGGAGAAGCUAAAGACCAAGGCGAGCUUCCUGGUGGCGGCGCUGUGUUCGCAGGAGGAAAGCUUCCGGUCAGACCUGGAGGUGUGCGGGUUCGUCCGGGACGCGGUCGCUCUGCUGCCCAGGAUCCACGGCACCUGCAGGGAGUUUCUGCUGAGGGCUAUGUUCACUCUGGCCAGCAACUCUCCGCAGUUUCUAGAAGCGACAGUGAAAGACGCGCUCGAGUCCACUCUGCAGACGCUCGUGCACGAGCAUCGAGGCAUCCAACAGUUUCAGGAGGAAGUGGAGUAUUCGGAGAAACUGCUCAACAUCGUUCGCGGGGUGUCCACAUAG